UCCGGGCGCUGCGUUGGCUGCGGCCUGGCACGAAAGGGGCGGCCCCGGCGGAGAGCAGACCCAGUAGUCCGGGCGAUUAUGGACCCGGCAGAGGCGGUGCUGCAAGAGAAAGCGCUUAAGUUUAUGGCUGCAGUUCCGGCUGGUGGAUAUUGGAGGAAUAAUAAAAAGUGCUCUAUGCCCAGGUCUCUGUGGCUGGGCUGCUCCAGCCUGGCGGACAGCAUGCCUUCGCUGCGAUGCCUGUAUAACCCAGGGACUGGCGCACUCACAGCUUUCCAGAAUUCCUCAGAGAGAGAAGACUGUAAUAAUGGCGAACCCCCUAGGAAGAUAAUACCAGAGAAGAAUUCACUUAGACAGACUUACAACAGCUGUGCCAGGCUUUGCAUAAACCAAGAGACAGUAUGUCUAACAAGCACUGCUAUGAAGACUGAAAACUGUGUGGCCAAAACAAAACUUGCCAAUGGCACUUCCAGCAUGAUUGUGCCCAAGCAGCGGAAACUCUCAGCAAGCUAUGAGAAGGAAAAGGAGCUGUGUGUCAAGUAUUUUGAGCAGUGGUCAGAGUCUGAUCAAGUGGAAUUUGUAGAACACCUUAUAUCCCAAAUGUGUCACUAUCAGCAUGGGCACAUCAACUCCUACUUAAAGCCUAUGCUGCAGAGGGAUUUCAUAACUGCACUGCCAGCACGGGGUCUGGACCACAUUGCUGAGAGCAUUCUGUCAUACUUGGACGCCAAGUCACUGUGUGCUGCUGAGCUUGUGUGCAAGGAAUGGUACCGUGUGACGUCGGACGGAAUGUUGUGGAAAAAGCUCAUCGAGAGGAUGGUCAGGACAGACUCUCUGUGGCGAGGCCUGGCGGAGCGCAGAGGGUGGGGACAGUACUUAUUCAAAAACAAACCUCCUGAUGAGAAUGCUCCUCCCAACUCCUUCUAUAGAGCGCUUUACCCUAAAAUCAUACAGGACAUUGAGACAAUUGAGUCCAAUUGGAGAUGUGGGCGACAUAGUUUACAGAGAAUCCACUGCCGGAGUGAAACAAGUAAAGGGGUUUACUGUUUACAGUAUGACGACCACAAGAUAGUCAGCGGCCUUCGAGACAACACCAUCAAGAUCUGGGAUAAAAACACCCUGGAAUGCAGGCGGGUCCUCACGGGCCACACGGGCUCCGUCCUGUGUCUGCAGUACGAUGACAGGGUAAUCGUCACGGGCUCCUCGGACUCCACCGUCAGAGUGUGGGAUGUAAAUGCAGGUGAAAUGCUAAACACAUUGAUUCACCACUGUGAAGCCGUUCUGCACCUGCGCUUCAAUAAUGGCAUGAUGGUAACCUGCUCCAAAGACCGUUCCAUCGCUGUGUGGGAUAUGGCUUCCCCAACUGACAUCACCCUCAGGAGGGUGCUGGUGGGACAUCGAGCUGCGGUCAAUGUUGUAGACUUUGAUGACAAGUACAUCGUUUCUGCCUCUGGAGAUAGAACCAUAAAGGUGUGGAACACAAGCACCUGUGAAUUCGUAAGGACCCUGAAUGGGCACAAGCGUGGCAUCGCCUGUUUGCAGUACAGAGACAGGCUGGUGGUGAGCGGCUCCUCUGACAAUACCAUCAGGCUGUGGGACAUAGAGUGUGGAGCGUGUCUGCGAGUGUUGGAAGGCCAUGAGGAGUUGGUACGCUGCAUUCGAUUUGAUAACAAAAGGAUAGUGAGCGGAGCCUAUGAUGGGAAAAUUAAAGUGUGGGAUCUUAUGGCUGCUUUGGACCCACGUGCUCCUGCAGGGACUCUUUGUCUGCGGACACUUGUGGAGCAUUCUGGACGAGUUUUCCGCCUCCAGUUUGAUGAAUUCCAGAUUGUCAGUAGUUCACAUGAUGACACAAUUCUCAUCUGGGACUUCCUGAACGAUCCAGCUGCUCAUGCUGAACCGCCCCGCUCCCCUUCUCGGACAUACACCUACAUCUCCAGAUAAAUAACCCGACACUGGCCUCAUAAUUGCCCAGGACUCGUAAUGUUGCAGUAUUUAACAUACCUGCCAAGACCAGGAUGAACUACAAUCAGACUCCUACCCGGAUUCCCGGAUGGAUCAGCGAGGAGCAGGGCUUUGAGACUCCUGUUGGGACACAGUCGGUCAGCAGCCGACCAGGACGGUCUGCUCGGCACACCGGCUGCUUCAGUGCUGCUAUCAGAAGAUGUCUUUAUCUUGUGUGAAUGAUUGGAACUUUGAAGCCUCCCUCCCCUUUCCGUCCCCCUUCCUCUCUGCACCUGUUUCUCUCCCAUUGGGUUCCAGACAAAGAUGACUUAUAAAUAUAUUUAGUGUUUUGCCAGAAUCUCUCUUGCUUUGCCGUUAAGCAGAAGAACUAGUUUCCCCACCUGGCCCACUUCUAGGGCACAGGGCUGCAGCUUCCAGGCAGCGACUGCCUGGCCUCCUCCUGUUAACUGCAGGGGUGUCCAGCAUCCGGCCAGAGCAGUCCCAGCCACCGCGUGGGAGGAGACAGCUGCCUGCACAUCUUGGAGGGGAGAGAGAGGAGAGGCGCACACACACUGGAAGAUCUGCACUGCUGCCUCCCUCCAUUGCCUGGGUGUCUGUCCCUCUUCCCUGCUCCCCUACUCCCAUCUUGAGCCUGAGAAGGUGUACGAAGAAAGCCCUCAGCUAGCCUGAGGCGGGUCACCUAGACAAUGUGACACAUGCAAGAGUCGAAUGCAUCCUUAUUUCCAGCCCAGGCUUUUGCUGCAAGUGACCAACCUGGGGCAGCAGUGGAUUUGUGACCAUGACACUGGUCAGUCACAUUUGCAGCUUUCUCCUUCCCAGUGCCCUGGGGAAGGAUAGGAAUGUCCUGGGCGCCAUCAGUGCUGUGUCUGCUUUGGACUCAGCAGUCUUCCUUGGUUCCAUGUAGAGUAGAGAGGAGCUGCUGAUGCGUUCCUCUCAUUAACAAUUAGAUGUGUAAUAAAAGCAUUGUGCUUCAUCUUAAAUCACUGGCGAGGCUUGGCCUGCACAAAGGCUUGGAAUCGCCAGCACCAGGCACGGCUGCACUGAGCCGGAAAGCACGCAGGUACCUGUAACUGCCCAUCAUGAGCAGUCACCUAAGAGAUGGUCAGGAGAGAAGCAGAGUCUCGGGUUAGGCCAGUAAAUGUCAACCAGUCUAAGCAUCUCAGCCCUCCACUGCAGGUCCUUCUGCGGAGUGCUUGCAGAAGGCGAGGCUGCCAGAGGGGAUCAGGGUGAAGCUUGGCACACAGGGUUUACUGAUAAGCAAACGCUGCCUUCUCCUUCUUUCCUUCUCCCAGCCUUAUUUGCUGUCCACUUUCCCCAGCCAGUAAACUGGCAGUCAGUGACGACAUAAGCGGCUGCACUUGCACAAGGGCAGAGCUAAGCAGGUCGUGUGCACGGCCGCACUGGGCCCCUGCCAGUAGGCUCCAGAUGCAGCCGCUCAUGGCCAAACCUGGGAGUACUUGAACUGAAAACCAACUUAGUUACCCCGCAGCAUGCACGGGCCUGCCAAGGGGUGACUUAGGCCACAGUGCAGCCUCGGUUUCACUUGGAAACCGAGCAGUCAGACUGUCAUUGCUGUUCUGAACCAUGCGUUUGAGUUAAAGAAAACCAACUGAAUAAGCUGCUUAAAAUAGAAUGGGGCCUGUCACCUGUGGUCACAGACAGACCACCUUCACCUGAGCAGGAAGUGGAGCCCUGUCACAACUGACCCUCAGACCACCUUCACUUGAGCAGGAGAGGGAGCCGAGAGCGUCGUCUUUCUCUGCUUUGCAGGUUACCCCUUGCCCAAUGUGUCCCACUAGUGAAUGCCAUUACAUGCUGGGUCAGGUCACAUGUGUACAGAUUGCCUUCCCUGUGUUAGCUGCAAUCUUAAGAAAUAUUUCUCCGUAGGCGUUUCUCCUUUCCCAACCAACCACGUGUUGCAGUUGUCUGGUUAGCCCCACCGAGUUCCUUGUCUCUUAUGUUGACUGUUAGUAGUGAAGGACUUUACUGAAAAACAGGUCAGACAUGAAGAGACCUAAGCUGCUUCAAGAAAUGGUCUAAUGGCCACAAGUCUACUAGCCCCUCUUCAGUUCUGUGCUGCUUUAAGAAGUUAGGAGCAGGAGGACAUCUGCCUAGUAUGGAUGCCCAGGAUUAGGGGGCAGUGUGGGCACUACUGCAGACUCGUUGGUGCCAGGACUGUACUCUGCUUCCUAGGUUCAGCUGAAGGUGUGCUGUUCCGCAGCCAGCUGGGAAGUGUGGCUGCCCGUCGUCUCGGGCUCGGGGGUGGACCCUGCACAUUGAAGCCCCUAGCGUGGUUAAGCUCUUUCUGUAGAUUAUCCUCUCCACUGCUGCUGGAAGUGGGAACAAAGUGAAGUGGUUUGAGCACCUGAAUCGCUCGCAUGUCUCAGCUCUGGGGGUCAUUUGCCAGUUCAUUGUAGAAGAAACAAUCAGGUAAGCAGAAGUUCAUUUCCAGAGAAGGUGAACCCCGCUUACCAUCUCUGCAUGCUUUCAGUGGGAAUUGAUUAUCACUGAUCCCCAACUGGGCUAGAAUAAAUGCAAAGUUUGACCUUUUUAAAAAGAAAAGAGAAACAAAGAAUGUCUCCACACAUUUAAAGGAACAGUAGACAAGAAGCCAUGUGUCCUGUGCCUCAGAGACGAGUCUCUGGGUCAGUCUCUGGUUGAUUUUUAUUUUAUUUUAUUCUUUUACUAAAAUCUAUUUCCAAUAUAAAGGCUGCAAGACCUUCCCUACUGACAGGCUGAGAUCCUUAGGCAGCUAAGUAAGUGCACAGGGUGCCUGCUGGAGAGCAAGUGUCUGGACAAGGCCAACCCAUGCCUUGCUGCUCAUGGGGGAGGGAGAGAGAGAGAGAGAGAGAGAGAGAGAGAGAGAGAGAGAGAGAGAGAGAGAGAGAGAGAGAAAACACUGUUGUGCCACUGCUAGGAAUGUCCUUUCCUUUGAAGUGCAGUUAGAAAGUGGGUGUGAAUUAUGGAUGGAAAGCCUUUUACACUUGUCCCUUGGCUAAAUUCUUUCUGAUUUGUCCUAACUUUAGAGACAGAAACUGUUUAGAACUCUGUUGACAAGUAAUAAAGUCUGGCUCUUGGUAGCUUGUUUGGGAACUGAAAAUGACAUUGAGGCUCCUAAAUCAUUCUGUAAGAAAAAAAAAAAUUUUUUUUUAAACAAUCCAAAGCUGCAAAGAAGGCUGUGUGCAUUCGUCCGUGCCUUGCCUUGCCAGCUCCUGGUCUGAGUGGCUGAAGUUGAUCUGCCUGUUUAGCAGUUGUCUAGAGUGGAGAAUACUGAAAGUGAUUAGGGCCAUGGUGGUGUUAACUGUCUUAGCAUCUUUCUUUUGAACUAAAUAGUGAUACCUUCCAGUCCUGAAUCUGAAGGAGGCCCACCCAGAUUGGUGUAGGCCUGCAGGCUAGGCUUGCAAACGUGAAGUGUCGAAGGUGCUUUCAGGUGGAGAUGACGCAUGCAGGUACCCAGCCCUGUGACUGUACCUUGGUGAUGGCCAGUGUACAGUGGAACUGCGGUCCACACUAAUCUCUAUCCCCAUUUGGUUACACUCAGCAGUUUCAAAUGCACCAGACUUCCAGUAAGAUCAAUCCUGGACUCACGCACAUGACCUGUGGCAGUGUAGAGCCCACUUAACCACAGUGAGCACAGUCAGUACGAGAGCCAUCCCAGGAGUAAAGGUGAGCUUGGCUUCUGGCUGUCUUGAAGCUGUAGCUCAUGGAUGAUGUCAGAAUCCUUAAAGCCAAGGAGAGAAACCAAAGCAGGGAGACAGUGGCUGCCUGCUUGCGGGAGGGAUGGACUGCGCCGCCGACCAGGACCCUCCAGUGCUGGCAACCCCGUCUCAAAACAAAUGACAAAGGUCCGGUGCCUGUGGUCUAAAAUUCCCAGUGACAGUUGACUUCCCAGACACUCGCUUCUCAACAAACUCAAUUAUCUGACUUAGCUUCUAAGUAAGGGGGGUGGGGACAGGAUGUGUCACCUUCUUUCUUAAGCCUUUCCCUUGGACAUUUAAGGAAAGACCCAAUAGGUUAGACCUCUGGGUAUCGAGGAAACUGAUACCUUCCCAAAGCACUGACCCUUAAGCCCUAGCGAACUGACCGAGGGUGUUCAGUGAGCGCCGGCACGGGAACAGGCCUGGCAACAAGUGUGAGCCAGGGGCUUUUGCUUGUUCGCUUUUUGUUUUCUAGAUUCUCCAGUGCCGACCGCUUUAAUUUUUGUGAUUAUGUUAUGGUGAUGUGUAGUCAAUGUACCAAUAUGUUCACAAGUUAGGAUGAUGGUAAUAGUGUAUUUUGGUUUUUUUAACUGUUUGGAAAAAAAGUAAAUUACAAAUACAAGAUUAAAGCGAA